UUGGUUAUUGCGAUCUUCAACAUUGUGUAAUGUGACACUUUUGCGUAUCGUCACCAUCGGCGAUUCCUCUGUUCCUAAAUUUAUAAGUAGGGAGGAUUACAUCUGCACGUUGUUGGACAUUAAGCAAUUCAGGGAUUCCAACUGGACGUUGAAUUUUUUUUUUGAACUCAAGAAACUUGACAAGGGUUUACGAUCGAUCCUACCUUUGGAAAAAGAGAAAAAUUAAACAUGAAGCUAACUAACGCGGAACAUGCUGUGAUUUUUAUAAUAUAUACAUAUAUAUAUAUAUAUGACUUAACUAGCUUUUUAUUCUUAGUUAAGUUUAUCUAUUGUUGAAGCGUAACACAUUACAAAGUAAAAAUUUAUGCAUUUUUAUAUAAUCACAUAUCUUAGUAAUCUUAAUACUAGUAAAUUAAACGAAAAUGAUAAUGAAUUUUGUGAUGAUGAUGGUGAUCAUAUAGAUGAUUAUGAUAAUGAGUGUGAUGCUGAAGGUGAUGAGGACGAUGAAGAUGAAAAUGUUGAUAAAGAUAAAGGUGAUAUCUCUAACGUUUUAAAAUUUAUUUCUAUCUUUUUGCUAAUAUCCACAAACUACUUUCUUUUUUACUUUUUUUGUAACAAAAUAAUAGUAUAACAUUACAUUUAAUUAUAAUGUAGCAUGUGUAAUAUGAAGAUAUACCCAUUCAGGGCUUGCGGGAGUCAUCCAGGGGUCUGUUUUUGAGGCCCUGUGAAACUCUUAGGCCCAUGCCAAACGACCUUCCUAGCCCACCGUCUUCAAGGGCCUGUACAAUUAUAUUAAUAGACUAAAAUUUAUUACUUAUAUAAUAUAAGUUAUAAUUAUUAAAACGUCUUUAUAUGCGCUAAAAUUUCUUUGACAGCGGGCUAUUAUACUAAGCCACCAAGUUUUUUUCAUUGGUUUUUCUCGGUAGUUUGAAACACUUUUCUAGUUGUAAUAUUUAAACAUAGUUUGUAUCGUUUGUACCUUUUUCAUUUAAUAGACUUAAUAUUUGAUUGGAAUUUAAAAUUUAAUGCACACGCGGACGUGCAUACAUACUUGCACACAUACGGGGUCUUUUCAGGAAUUACAAAUUAUUUGUGAAUUAUUUUUAUUCUGAAAACUAUACAUACACACACGCAUAUAUAUAUAUAUAUAUAUAUAUAUAUAUAUAUAUAUAAUAAAUAUAAAUUUUUCCGACGCGUGUGUUGGUAUAGAUAGUUCUCAUACAUUUACAUACAUCAAAUUAAUCCGAUUGUUAAUUUUAUAUUAAUUUCAGUUGCAUGCACUGCGUUUUAAACCGAAAAUUUAUUUAAUUGAUUGGUUGAAUUUUAUUAAAAGUUUACUAAAUUAACCUUUAAA